AUAAUAUCAACAUUGGGCCGUUUCGUGCAUCCGGUGCAUCAGAUCCCAAAGAGCCCUGCUUCUCUCUGCUGGUUGGGAUGAGCGCUACUCGUGCAGUCUAGUGUUCCCUUCUUGCUCCCCCCCCUUUUGUCUGCCCCGUUGAGAUUUUUUUCCGUACUCACGGAUCCGCUCGUUCACCAUGGACGACUCCAUGGUCGAUUCCGUCUUUGAGGACGAUGGCUCCGGCUCUGACUUCGUCAUGGAGGAGAAGCCAAAGCCCAAGGCGAAGACCGCGAAGAAGCCCGCAGCUGCCAAAGCUGCACCCAAGAAAUUAACACAGACCACCUUGAAGCCAAAAGCGGGCGCCAAGUCUGCGGCAUCGAAGAAACGUGCGAAGCCAGAUAGCGAGAAUGAGCUAUCGGAUGGCGAUGGCGACGGCAAUGGCGCUGAAGAUGAUGACCUGCUCUCCAGUACCCCGCCCAGCGCCGCGAAGAAGGCGAAGAAAGCGCCGGCCGCUAAGAAAGCUGCUUCCAAGCCAUUGGCAAAUGUCGCGAAUGAGUCCUUCGGGGCCGAUGGAACUGACGAGGCAAGAUCGUCGAAAGAGCAAGGUGCCUCUGAGAAGUACCAGAAGCUCACGCAACUCGAGCACAUCAUCAAGCGUCCCGAUACCUAUAUCGGAUCCGUUGAGCGCACGGUGUCGCACAUGUGGGUGUACAAUUCGACCUCAGAAUCCAUGGAAUACCGCGAAAUAUCCUACGUGCCUGGUCUAUAUAAGAUCUUUGAUGAGAUUGUCGUAAAUGCCGCCGAUAACAAGCACAACGACAAGAAUAUGGAUGAGAUUCGCAUCACGGUAGACCGGGAAUCGGGGGAAAUCAGUGUCUGGAACAAUGGACGAGGUAUCCCCAUCGAGAUCCAUUCGAAAGAAGGAAUCUAUGUUCCCGAACUUAUUUUUGGCCACCUUCUCACUUCCUCGAACUACGAUGAUACCCAACAGAAAGUGACUGGUGGACGAAACGGUUUCGGUGCGAAACUGUGUAACGUCUUCUCCACGGAAUUCUCCAUUGAGACUCUGGACUCGCGCCAGAAAAAGAAGUACAAGCAGACUUGGACAGAUAAUAUGUCCAAGGUAGGAAAGGCCAAGAUCACAGAAUGUAAGGGCGAAGAUUAUACCAAGGUCACCUUCAAGCCAGAUUAUGCAAAAUUCGGAAUGGAGGGCAUGGAUGACGAUUUCGAGUCUCUCGUCAAACGUCGCGUCUACGAUUUGGCUGGAACAAGCAAGGUAGCCGUCAAAUUAAACGGCUCCAGGAUCCCUGUGCGAAAUUUCAAGAAGUACAUGGAGAUGUACACCAACGCUAUCAAGAAGGAGCGUGGGGAAGAACCGACGACAGAUAAAAACGAAAUCAUCACUUGUAGCCCUGACCCACGCUGGGAGAUCGGCUUUACGGUAUCGGACGGAUCCUUCCAGCAGGUCUCGUUCGUUAAUUCCAUCGCAACAACAUCUGGUGGAACGCACGUGAACUACAUUGCGGACCAAAUCUGCACCAAACUCGCGGAACAGGUCAAGAAGAAGAACAAGAAUGGAGCAACUCUGAAGACGGCCCAGAUCAAGAAUCACAUCUUCCUCUUUGUCAAUGCGCUCAUUGUGAACCCAGCCUUCACGUCGCAAACCAAAGAGCAACUUACGACGAAGCCGAGUCAAUUCGGUAGCAAGUGUGUCCUCGAGGAGGACUUCUACAAGAAGAUCUUGAAGACGGAGGUCAUGACUAACAUUCUCCAUUUUGCUGAGAAGAAGGCCGACCAGCUGCUCAAGAAGACCGAUGGCAGUCGCCGUUCUCGUAUGAACAACCCCAAGCUCACUGAUGCUAACAAGGCCGGAACCAAGGAAGGACACCACUGCACACUGAUCCUGACGGAAGGUGAUUCUGCCAAGGGUCUGGCUAUGGCCGGUAGAGCUGUCGUCGGGCCUGAUCUGUUCGGUGUAUUCCCCCUGAGAGGAAAACUGCUCAAUGUUCGCGAUGCCUCCAUUGACCAGAUUUCCAAGAACGCGGAGAUUCAGAAUAUUAAGAACUUCCUUGGUCUCCAGCACAAAAAGGAAUAUACCGACACUAGGGGUCUCCGCUAUGGUCAUCUCAUGAUUAUGACCGAUCAAGAUCACGACGGUAGUCACAUCAAAGGUCUACUCAUCAACUUCCUCCAGGUCCAGUUCCCUAGUCUGCUGAAGAUUCCAGAAUUCCUGAUUGAGUUCAUCACUCCUAUCGUUAAGGUCUGGAAGGGUGAUCCCAAGAAUCCAACCAAGUCCAAAUCCUUCUUCACCAUGCCUGAAUACGAGGCGUGGAAGGAAGAGCACAAGCAUGAGCGCGGUUGGGAGCAUAAGUACUACAAGGGUCUGGGUACCAGCACUACGGAAGAUGCUCAGAUCUACUUCCGUGAUCUCGACAGGCAUCUAAAGGAGUUCCACACCAUGCAGGAUCACGAAGCCGAACUGAUCGAUCUGGCCUUCUCGAAGAAGAAGGCCGAUGAGAGAAAGGAAUGGCUGCGCCAGUUCAAGCCCGGAACAUUCUUGGACCACUCCGCCCCUAAGAUCAGCUACACCGACUUCAUCAACAAGGAAUUGAUCCUGUUCAGUAUGGCAGAUAACAUGCGAUCCAUUCCUUCUGUUGUGGAUGGUCUGAAACCAGGUCAGCGCAAGGUCCUGUACACCUGUUUUAAACGAAACAUCCGCAAGGAUAUCAAGGUCGUUGAACUGGCUGGUCACGUUUCUGGAAUGACUGGAUACCAGCACGGUGAUGUGUCCCUACAACAGACAAUUGUCGGUCUCGCACAGACCUUCGUCGGAUCCAAUAACAUUAACUGCCUGGAACCCAGUGGUAACUUUGGUAGUCGUCUUCAAGGUGGUGCCGACUGUGCUAGUGCUCGUUAUAUCUAUACACGCUUGUCCCCGUUUGCCAGGCGGAUAUUCCACACCGCUGAUGAACCACUCCUGACAUACAACCUUGACGACGGCAAGAAGAUCGAGCCCGAGAUCUACGUGCCUGUCGUGCCGAUGAUUCUCAUCAACGGUGCGGAUGGUAUCGGUACUGGAUGGAGUUCUUCUAUCCCUAAUUAUAGCCCAGAAGACGUGGUAGAAAAUCUGAAGCGGUUGAUGGAUGGUGAACCUACCAAGCCGAUGCAACCAUGGUUCCGCGGCUUCACCGGUGAGGUGACUGCUAUAGGCUCUGACCGAUUCAAAUUCAGCGGUAUCAUCAAGGAAACUGGCGACAAAGAGGUCGAGAUCACUGAACUGCCCAUCCGUACGUGGACUCAGGACUUCAAGGACAAACUCGAAGAUAUCAUCAAGGCAGAGAAGACGCCCUCGUUCAUCAAGGAUUACAAGGACUACAAUACUCACACCAAAGUCCAUUUCAUCAUUCAGAUGGAUGAAAAACACAUGCAGAAGGCAAUCAACGAGGGCCUGGAGGAGAAGUUUAAACUAUCUAAGACCAUUGCCACUACGAACUUGGUUGCCUUCGAUCCUGAGGGAAGAAUUACGAAAUACAACACGGUCGAUGAUAUUCUCAAGGAGUUCUACACCGUUCGCAUCAAGUAUUACGAGAAGCGGAAGCAACAUCAACUUUCCGAAAUGCAAAAGGAUCUGGAAAGGCUUAGCAACCAAGCACGCUUCAUCCAGAUGAUCAUUGAUGGAGACCUGGUUAUCUCCAAGAAGAAGAAGUCUGAUCUGAUUGCUGAAUUGAAGGCGAAAGGCUUCAAAGCGUUUCCGAAGGUCGUUGAUGCUGUUAAGGCGGGUGAAGAUGAGCCCGCUCAGGAAGAUGAUGAAGAUUCUGAGGACGUCGAAAUCGGAUCCAAUGCAUAUGACUACUUGCUCGGGAUGGCGCUAUGGUCUCUGACCAAGGAACGUGUUGAGAAGCUCCGUCAGCAGAUCGGAGAUAAGGAGAUCGAGAUCGACACUCUCAUCAAGCUCUCAAAGGAAGAUAUCUGGAAGAAAGACCUCGAUGAUUUCUUGGCCGAGUGGCGAUUCCAACUGGAGGAAGAGGAUCGCAGGCAGCGUAAGGUCGCCAACAUGGGCCGUCGCGCAUCUAGCAAGCUCAUGACUGGCGGCCGUGCCCCGGCUAAGAAACGCAAGGCGCUUGGAGAUGAUCCUGAUGAUGUUGACUUUGCUGCCCCGAAGUCGAAGAAAUCAGCGACGGUCAAGAAAGUCCAGCAACCGAAGGGAGGCCUGUUGGAUUACUUGAGCAAGGCCCCUGCGAAGCCGGAGAGGAAGAGUCCUACGGAUGGAGCUGGUGAUUCUGACGAAGAUGAUGACUUUGAGGUAGAGGUGCUUCCUAAAAAGAGUAGGGCCGCGCCCAAGUCGAAGCCAGAGCCGGCACCAGAGCCAGAGCCAGAGCCAGUGGCUGAGGUCGAGGCAAAGGAACAGGAUGAAGAUUCUGACGUAGUGAUCCUGCCUAAAAAGAGCAGGGCCGCUCCCAAGUCGAAGCCAAAGCCAAAGCCAAAACCAGAGCCAGAGGCAAAGGAUGAAGAUGAAGAUUCCGCUGAGGAGGUAUCUGCAGUCGAAAAACCCACCAAAUCGACGUCGCAGCCAAGUCGAACAGCCCGCAAGCCGGUGAAAUACACCGUUCUCGACGAUUCUGACAGCGACAACGGUGACGAUUUGCUAGGUGAUGUCAGCAAGAUGGUCAAGGGCAUCGGCGGCACAGUCGGUGAUUCCACUGCCCUCUUUUCCGAACGAUCCAAGCCUGGCAGCAGCUCAGGUCUGAAACCGACUGCUAAGAACUCCAAGCUUAGCCUUAGCAGUGACUUUGACCCAGACGAGACGGACUACACGAAGCUCAUACCUCAGAACUCUCCUCGCCGAUCACUCCUUGUCAAGCCGAAGGAUGUGAAAGCAUCGGAUGAAGAUGUUGAGGAAGAGGAGCAGGCUCCCAAGGCAAAAGCAAAGCCUGCAGCGAAGCCCGCGGCAAAGCCCGCACCCAAGGCUCGCGGUCGUCCCAAGAAAGACGCAGCGAAACCUGUCGCAGCUCCGGCAGUGAAGCCAUCGCCUGCCGCAAAGGCCUAUGCAUCCAAGCAGGCUAAAGCAAGCAAGAAGAAGCUGGCAGAUGACAUGUCCGAUGAUGAUAUCGACGCGAUGGCAAACGAUAUUCUGGAUUCUCCCGCUGGAGCCAAAUCAGAUGACUCUGAUGCUGCGCCGCCUCGCAAGGCCGCUGGCCGGCCAGCUCGUCGCGCUGCUACGACAGCUAAGAAGCCAACUUAUGUGAUUGACGAUGACAGCGAGGACGACUUUGGUGGUGAUGAUUCUGCCGAUGACUUUUCGGAAAGCGAGUAGAAGUGGUUUGACGUUGAUUCUCUUCUGCACUAUUGAGUCUACCCUUUUUCAAUGUCGUGUGAACGAUGAACUCGCUGCGGCUUUCGCUCUCUCAUCAUUUCUUAAUUCUGUUA